AUGAAACUCAAACUAGAAGAAGAUUCGUCCAUGCACAUGAAUUUUUCAUCAAAGGGUCACCUUCAAGAAUCCCAGUACUUUGAUCUGUUUUCUUUAACAGGAUCGUCAUUCAAUCCGAACCUUGGAAGCCAGGUCAAUGGUUUUGAUCCAUUUGACCUCUUUACUCUUGUUUCUCCUUCGACAGAUUUCGACUCCUACGAUUUCAAGCCGUUUGAAGAUAAUGAUGUUGGAAUCAUGCAUAACUUCCAAGGUGGUGGAUUCUUGAAUUUCCAGGAGAGGAAAUAUCCAUCAACGGGAAUUGAAACUUCUGAUCGUAACAUUUUAUCCUUAAACUGUCAUGAUUCUGAUCUCCUAAACUUUGUUCCAGAUGAGAGCUCAUGUGUAACAGCUGGUAAUGGCAAUAAAAAUGGUUUCUCAAACAAGUGGAAAAAUAAUAGCGGUGACAGUAGUAACACCAUCAUUGAAGAUGAAUCUGCAUCAGCUAAAAGCUCUGGCCGAGCCUGGAAGAAGUCCAAAUCAGCCAAGGGGCAGUGGACUGGUGAAGAAGACAGACUUUUGAUCCAUCUGGUGGAGAAAUUUGGAGUGAGGAAAUGGUCACAUAUCGCACAAAUGCUGAAGGGGAGAAUAGGAAAGCAGUGCAGAGAAAGAUGGCACAAUCAUCUGAGGCCUGAUAUCAAAAAGGAUGUAUGGACUGAAGAAGAGGAUAGGAUUCUGAUUGAUGCUCAUGCAGAAUUGGGGAACAAAUGGGCAGAAAUUGCCAAAAGAUUGCCAGGGAGAACUGAGAAUUCUAUCAAGAAUCAUUGGAAUGCAACGAAAAGAAGGCAAUUCUCGAGGCGAAAAUGCAGGACCAAAUGGCCAAGGCCUAGCUCUCUACUCCAAAACUACAUAAAAAGCUUGAAUUCAGAGAAAGGACUUGCUUCAUCACCUACCGCUACAAAUGUUGGAAUCAUAUAUAAUGCUAAUGCUUCAAUGAAGAAAUUAGAAAAGCCAGAUUUUAUGGAUCUUUGCGUGCCAGAUUAUGAUUUUGGUGAGGUCCCAGAAUUUACAUUGGAUGAUAAAUUAUUUGAAGGAAGUAGCAUUGACAGUUUCAUGGAGGAUAUAUCUGGCGUUUCGCCUAAAAUCGAUGAAAAAUGCUUUGAUACUGGGUUGCCAUUUGAUGUGCCUCCAUUCAUGCAAUUUGAAGGGAAGAAGGAGUUUGAUCUGAUGGAGAUGAUCUCUCAGAUAAUGUUAUUGACUAUUGAAUUGCUUAAAUGA